UUUGUCUCUCCAACUUUACCCGACCGACUACAAGGAAGCAGCUUCAACGUUCUAAACGCAUGACCAACCACGGGAUUGCUUUGCGCCUCCUCACAAGCCUUCCUGGGUAUUCUGUUCAUUGAUGCCUCAAAACCUCGCGGAGAGCAGUCUCCCUUUCCCUUGCUCCCUCUGUUUCCUUGAGUUAGUUCUGCAAGGUGUUACCGGGGUUCGGGAGCUCUUGGACCGAAUGGAACUUUUUUCUCCCUCUUCUUGCUGCUGAUUGUGUCCCUGGACAAGGAAAAAGGCUUCGCAGGCAGAAGAGGCGCAGGGGAGGUGGAGGAAGAGGACGAGGAGGAGGAGGAGGAGGAGGAGGAGGAGGAAGACGAGGAGGAGGAGGAAGCCUAAGGGGCUCGGCGCGGGUGUGUGCAUGUGUGCAUGCGUGUGUGAGUGCAUGUGUGUGAGUGCCACCGCUGCCCAGGACCCCCGGCCCCGAAGGUGUUGGCUGAAAUAUGGAGAAUAGUCUUGGAUGUGUUUGGGUACCCAAGCUGGCUUUUGUACUCUUCGGAGCUUCCUUGCUCAGCGCGCAUCUUCAAGUCACUGGUUUUCAAAUUAAGCCUUUCACAUCCCUUCGCUUCGUGUCUGAACCUUCUGAUGCUGUCACAAUGCGUGGAGGAAAUGUUCUGCUCAACUGCUCAGCGGAGUCUGACCGAGGUGCCCCAGUCAUCAGGUGGAAGAAAGAUGGCCUCAUCCUGGCCUUGGGCAUGGAAGACAGGAAGCAGCAACUUCCUAAUGGGUCUCUGUUGAUACAAAACAUACUUCAUUCCAGACACCAUAAGCCAGAUGAGGGACUCUACCAAUGUGAGGCAUCCUUAGGAGAUUCUGGUUCCAUUAUCAGUCGGACAGCAAAGGUCGCGGUAGCAGGACCACUGAGAUUCCUUUCCCAAACUGAAUCUAUCACAGCCUUCAUGGGAGACACAGUGUUACUCAAGUGUGAAGUCAUUGGGGAACCCAUGCCAACAAUCCACUGGCAGAAAAAUCAGCAAGACCUUCUCCCAGUCCCAGGAGACUCCCGUGUGGUUGUCUUACCCUCUGGAGCACUGCAGAUCAGCCGACUUCAACCAGGAGACAUUGGCGUCUACCGCUGCUCAGCUCGGAACCCAGCCAGCACAAGAACAGGAAAUGAAGCAGAAGUCAGAAUUUUAUCAGAUCCAGGCUUGCAUAGGCAGCUGUAUUUUUUGCAGAGACCAUCCAAUGUAGUAGCCAUUGAAGGAAAGGAUGCUGUCCUGGAGUGCUGUGUUUCUGGCUAUCCUCCACCAAGUUUCACCUGGCUUCGGGGCGAGGAGGUCAUCCAACUCAGGUCUAAGAAGUAUUCACUGUUGGGUGGAAGCAAUUUGCUCAUCUCUAAUGUGACAGAUGAUGACAGCGGAACCUAUACUUGUGUUGUCACAUAUAAGAAUGAGAACAUUAGUGCCUCAGCGGAGCUCACGGUCUUGGUUCCACCAUGGUUUUUAAAUCACCCUUCCAACCUCUAUGCCUAUGAAAGUAUGGAUAUUGAGUUUGAAUGUGCGGUUUCUGGGAAGCCCGUGCCCACUGUGAACUGGAUGAAGAAUGGAGAUGUGGUCAUUCCUAGUGAUUAUUUUCAGAUAGUGGGAGGAAGCAACUUACGGAUCCUUGGGGUGGUGAAGUCAGAUGAAGGCUUUUAUCAAUGUGUGGCUGAAAAUGAGGCUGGCAACGCCCAAAGUAGUGCCCAACUGAUUGUCCCCAAGCCCGCCAUCCCAAGCUCCAGCAUCCUCCCUUCAGCUCCCAGAGAUGUGGUCCCUGUCUUGGUUUCUAGUCGCUUUGUUCGUCUGAGCUGGCGUCCACCUGCAGAAGCAAAAGGGACCAUUCAAACCUUUACGGUCUUUUUCUCCAGAGAGGGUGACAACAGGGAGCGAGCUUUGAAUACAACCCAGCCCGGGUCCCUUCAGCUUACUGUGGGAAACUUGAAACCAGAAGCCAUGUACACCUUCAGAGUUGUUGCCUACAAUGAGUGGGGACCAGGGGAGAGUUCUCAACCCAUCAAGGUGGCCACUCAGCCUGAGUUGCAAGUUCCAGGGCCAGUCGAAAACCUGCACGCUGUAUCUACCUCACCUACCUCAAUUCUUAUUACAUGGGAACCCCCUGCCUAUGCAAAUGGUCCAGUCCAAGGUUACAGAUUAUUCUGCACUGAGGUGUCCACAGGAAAAGAACAGAAUAUAGAGGUUGAUGGACUAUCUUAUAAACUGGAGGGCCUGAAAAAAUUCACGGAAUAUACUCUCCGAUUCCUAGCUUAUAAUCGUUAUGGGCCAGGAGUAUCUACUGACGAUAUAACAGUGGUUACACUGUCAGAUGUGCCAAGUGCGCCACCUCAGAACAUCUCACUGGAAGUGGUUAAUUCAAGGAGUAUCAAAGUAAGCUGGUUUCCUCCUCCGUCAGGAACACAAAAUGGAUUUAUUACUGGCUAUAAAAUUCGACACAGAAAGACAACCCGCAGGGGUGAGAUGGAAACACUGGAACCAAAUAACCUCUGGUACCUGUUCACAGGAUUGGAAAAAGGGAGUCAAUAUAGUUUCCAAGUGUCAGCCAUGACUGUCAAUGGCACUGGACCACCUUCCAACUGGUACACAGCGGAGACCCCUGAGAAUGACCUCGAUGAGUCUCAAGUCCCUGACCAGCCCAGCUCUCUUCAUGUGAGGCCCCAGACAAACUGCAUCAUCAUGAGCUGGACUCCUCCUCUUAACCCAAACAUCGUGGUGCGAGGCUACAUUAUCGGGUACGGCGUGGGCAGUCCUUAUGCUGAGACUGUGCGAGUGGACAGUAAACAGCGGUAUUAUUCCAUCGAGAGACUAGAGUCAAGUUCUCAUUAUGUAAUCUCCUUAAAAGCUUUCAACAAUGCAGGAGAAGGUGUUCCUCUCUAUGAAAGCGCCACCACCCGUUCCAUAACAGACCCCACUGACCCAGUUGAUUAUUAUCCUUUGCUUGAUGAUUUCCCCACCUCGGGCCCAGAUGUCUCCACCCCCAUGCUCCCACCAGUAGGUGUACAAGCUGUGGCUCUUACCCAUGAGGCUGUGAGGGUCAGCUGGGCAGACAACUCUGUCCCGAAGAACCAAAAAACAUCCGAUGUGCGACUUUACACUGUUCGGUGGAGGACCAGCUUUUCUGCCAGUGCCAAGUACAAGUCAGAAGAUACAACCUCUCUCAGCUAUACAGCGACUGGCCUCAAGCCAAACACGAUGUACGAGUUCUCGGUCAUGGUGACCAAGAACAGAAGGUCAAGCACGUGGAGCAUGACUGCACACGCCACCACCUAUGAAGCCGCCCCGACUUCUGCUCCUAAGGAUUUGACAGUCAUUACUCGGGAAGGGAAGCCUCGUGCUGUCAUUGUGAGCUGGCAGCCUCCCUUGGAAGCGAAUGGAAAAAUCACUGCUUACAUCUUGUUUUAUACCUUGGACAAGAAUAUACCAAUAGAUGACUGGAUUAUGGAGACUGUCAGUGGUGAUCGGCUUACCCAUCAAAUCAUGGACCUCAACCUUGAUACUAUGUAUUACUUCCGAAUUCAAGCACGGAAUGCAAAAGGCGUGGGGCCCCUCUCCGAUCCCAUUCUCUUCAGGACUUUGAAAGUGGAACACCCUGACAAAAUGGCUAAUGACCAAGGUCGUCAUGGAGAUGGAGGCUAUUGGCCAGUUGAUACUAAUUUGAUUGACAGAAGCACUCUCAAUGAACCACCCAUUGGACAGAUGCACCCUCCGCAUGGCAGUGUCACUCCUCAGAAAAACAGCAACUUGCUUGUGAUAACCGUGGUCACAGUCGGCGUCCUCACAGUGUUGGUCGUGGCGAUUGUAGCUGUGAUUUGCACCCGGCGCUCUUCAGCCCAGCAGAGGAAGAAACGGGCCACCCACAGUGUGAGCAAGAGGAAGGGCAGUCAGAAGGACCUCCGACCUCCUGACCUUUGGAUACAUCAUGAAGAAAUGGAAAUGAAAAAUAUCGAGAAGCCUGCAGGAACUGACCCUGCAGGAAGGGACUCCCCCAUCCAGAGCUGCCAAGAUCUCACACCAGUCAGCCACAGCCAGUCAGAAAGCCAGAUGGGAAGCAAAAGUGCCUCCCAUUCAGGUCAGGACACCGAGGAAGCAGGGAGCUCCAUGUCCACUCUGGAGAGGUCCCUUGCAGCACGCCGGGCGACCAGGGCCAAACUCAUGAUUCCCAUGGAGGCCCAGGCCAGCAAUCCUGCUGUUGUGAGUGCCAUCCCAGUACCAACACUAGAAAGUGCCCAGUAUCCAGGCAUCCUCCCAUCUCCCACUUGUGGAUACCCCCAUCCGCAGUUCACUCUCCGGCCGGUACCAUUCCCAACACUGUCUGUGGACCGAGGUUUUGGAACAGGAAGAAGUCAGUCUGUGAGUGAAGGACCAACCACCCAGCAACAACCCAUGCUGCCCCCAGCACAGCCUGAGCAUCCCAGCGGUGAGGAAGCCCCCAGCAGGACUAUCCCCACCGCCUGUGUCCGACCAACUCAUCCGCUCCGCAGCUUCGCUAACCCUUUGCUACCUCCACCAAUGAGUGCAAUAGAGCCAAAAGUCCCUUAUACGCCACUCUUGUCGCAGCCAGGACCUACUCUUCCCAAGACUCAUGUUAAAACAGCCUCUCUUGGCCUGGCCGGAAAGGCAAGGUCCCCAUUGCUCCCCGUGUCUGUGCCAACAGCCCCUGAAGUGUCUGAGGAGAGCCACAAGCCCACAGAAGAUCCAGCGAGUGUAUAUGAACAGGAUGAUUUGAGUGAACAAAUGGCAAGUUUGGAAGGGCUAAUGAAGCAGCUUAAUGCCAUCACAGGUUCAGCCUUUUGACACAUGUUGCUGAAACAUUGAGGUUUUCCAGGAACGUUACAGCAUACCAAUUAUCCAUAAACAGCACACCUGUGUCCAAAAAAA